AUGAUGUUCCUUCCAGCUCUCAUCUUAGGCUUCCUCCUUCCACUCGUCCUCUGCGUUGAAGACUUCUACAAACUCUUGGACAUUGGAAAAUCAGCCUCAGAUCGAGAGAUAAAGAAAGCCUACCGCCUCCUCAGCAAGAAAUACCACCCCGAUAAGAAUCCUGGCAACGAAUCCGCCUCCCAAAAAUUCGUCCAAAUCGCCGAAGCCUACGAUGCCCUCUCCGAACCCGAAACCCGCCGCAUUUACGACCAAUACGGCUACGAAGGCCUAAAACAACACCAACAAGGUGGACAAGGCGGCCGCUCUCAUGACCCCUUCGACCUCUUCUCCCGCUUCUUCGGCGGCUCAGGACACUUCGGACACGGAUCUGGGCAACGGAGAGGGCCAGAUAUGGAAGUGCGAAUCUCGGUACCCCUGAGUGACUUUUACAAUGGACACCAGCAUGAGUUCAGCAUUGAGAAACAGCAAAUCUGUGAAGAGUGCGAGGGGAGUGGAAGUGCAGAUGGGACUGUGGAGACGUGUGGGCAGUGUGGUGGGAGGGGGAUGGUGAUCCAGAAGCAUAUGCUUGCGCCGGGCAUAUUCCAGCAGGCGCAGAUGGGGUGUGAUAAGUGCGGUGGUAAAGGAAAGACUAUAAAGCACCCGUGUAAGGUAUGUGGGGGCUCAAGAGUGGUUAAGAAGAUGGCAUCGCAUACGCUGCACAUCGAGAAGGGCAUGCCAAAGGGUAGCCGAAUCGUAUACGAGAAUGAAGCGGACGAGAGCCCAGAUUGGGUUGCUGGAGAUCUCGUGGUGAAUGUGGGCGAAAAAGAGGCGGAGUAUGGUGAUGAGGGGCAACGGACCGAUGGAGCUUUCUUCAGGAGGAAAGGGAGGGAUAUGUUCUGGAAGGAGGUGUUGGGUUUAAGAGAGGCAUGGAUGGGUGAUUGGGAGCGAAAUCUCACCCAUCUGGAUGGGCAUGUUGUGCGUUUACGAAGGAAGAGAGGAGAGGUGAUACAGCCGAAUCAGGUGGAGGUGGUAGCUGGCGAGGGCAUGCCAGUUUGGCUGCAGGAGCAGGAGCAGUCAAGAGCUGGGGAAGAGGAGUAUGGCCAAUUACAUGUCGAGUAUACGGUCGUACUACCCGAUCAAGUGGAGAAGCCGAUGGAGAAGGAGUUCUGGGCGCUGUGGGAGAAGUGGCGGAAGAAGAUUGGAGUGAAUUUGGCAAAGGACAGUGGACGGCCGCCUCCAACGGAGCAUAGCGAAUUGUAA